AUGAGGACGUUUGCUACAAAUUCAAAACACAUAAAGAUCCUAAGUAACAUAACAUCUACAUUUCCAACUUUCUUGCUGACUGGCAUUCCUGGCUUAGAGUCUGCCCAUGCCUGGAUCUCCAUUCCCUUCUCUUGUCUUUAUGUCAUUGCUCUCUCUGGGAACAGCAUGAUCCUAUUUGUCAUCAUAACUCAGCAGAGCCUCCACGAACCGAUGUAUUAUUUCCUCUCCAUGUUGUCAGUCACAGACUUAGGCUUGACUGUAUCUACAAUGUCAACAACUUUAGCUGUUCUCUGGUUUAAUGCAAGAGAAAUCAGUCUUGAUUCCUGCCUUAUUCAAAUGUUUUUCCUCCAUGGAUUUACUGUCAUGGAAUCUGGGGUAUUGAUGGCUAUGGCCUUUGACCGCUAUGUGGCUAUAUGUAACCCUCUGAGGUAUACUACAAUUCUCACCAAUUCCAGAAUUUUUCAGCUGGGUCUAGUAAUGACUAUACGCACUGUAGUGUUAAUUGUUACCAUAAUUGUACUGCUUAAGCCCCUUUCUUUCUGUAGAAUAAAUGUCCUUUCCCACUCUUACUGCUAUCAUCCAGACAUUCUUAAAUUAUCAUGUUCAGAUACUAGGGCCAAUAGUAUCUUUGGAUUAAUUGCCCUUGUCUUGACAACUGGGAUAGAUACUCCAAGUAUUGUUGUCUCUUAUAUUUUGAUCAUCCGCUCUGUUCUCAGUAUUGCUUCUCCUGAAGAACGACACAAGGCCUUUAGCACCUGUGUCUCCCACAUUGGAGCAGUUGCUAUUUUCUACAUCCCCAUGACAACCCUGUCCCUGGUGCAUCGCUAUGGUCAUUCAGUCCCCAAAGUGGUUCAUUCCAUGAUGGCCAAUAUAUACCUUAUUUUGCCUCCAGUUCUCAACCCUAUCAUUUAUAGUGUAAAAACUAAACAGAUUCGCAAAGCUAUCUUAAAAAUCCUGCAUCCAAGUCUUACUUCAAAUGUGGUAAAUCCAAUUCCAUUCUAA